ACAACUCUUUCAGGGACGCGGGCGGUUUCUUCCCAUCUUUAGUGCACUGCCGACCAGAUUGAGGGCCCUCUACUUUUCAAGGCGACGCAUAAAAAAGCCGAUUUGAGCGCAUCCUCUGCAUCCUCUUCACCCGUCGCGAACCCGUUGUACUGCGAAUCGGGGAAGUACGACCCGCGCUUUGACGGAAAAUUUUGCCCCAGUUUUGCUAAGAUUCCCUGUUGUUUGUAGACUACAGAGGUCUCAGAUAAGCAGAGUUGUCAUUUCUUCUCGCCGCGCGUAUCUGCUUGUUAAUGUUCUCCUGCCGGAGACACACACAACGCUCAAAUCCACAGCUCGUCGAACUGACUUUUUUUAUCGGCCUCUUUGAAAUUCUGCCACAAUUUUUUUUCAAAAACGUUAUUUGAAGCCGUCUGUUCCACCUUCAUUUGAGUCGCUGCUCGCCGUUUUCGCUGCCUUUAACGGACUCAGUUCUUCUGAGGUUCGGCUGUCUCGUCCUGCCGUUGCUGUGCACCGUCACCGAAAAAAUGAGUGGCCUCUCGUCUGCGGCGCAUGGAGGGAUGGCUGCAAGCAGUCUUGCAGAGCAAAGACGGGGCAAAACAGGAGAGGGUCAAGUGAAAACAGCGAGUGAAGGUCUCGCCGAGAAGCUGCUACUUGGGUGGACGAUGCUCGGCGACACUUGCCCUCAGUGUGUGAGCGUCCCGCUGAUGCGCAACAAGCAACAGCAGCUUUUCUGCGUCGCCUGUCAAACCUUUUUGCCCGCAAGUGCCUUGGGGGAAGAUCAGGACGCAGAGGCUCCCCGGCAUUCGCCUGCACAAGGCAAAAACGACUACGGAGGACGAGAGAGUCUCCGGAGUAAUGGAGGGGCUCACCGGAACCAGCCGUCGGAAAACAGACAUCGAGCCUCAGCAGAUGCGACGACGCCGCAGGUUCACUGUACUCCCAUCGCCGGGAGAGGUGUGCAGUAUCAGAUGGUGGCGGCGAUCCCUCUAGACCAAGCUGACAGCGAGAAAAUCGAAUCCACACUGGCGUCCGUGGUUGGCAAAGACGAUGACACGUCCGGGAGCCUCUGGAGGCUAGACGGGGCUCAUGCAAGAAGCAACGCACGUGGGCCGGGGCUCACCCAAGAAGACGAGGAUGUCGAAGAGAGAGACAAAGAGCAAUUCAGGUUGACAGCGAAGGAGAAGUAUUUCCAGGCAUCUGCAGAUCUCAUGAAGUGGAGAGAACGGACGCUGCAGCGGUGUGGCGUUUUGCCGGCCUCUGAGAGGCAGCCGCCGAACGGCUACCCAAAACCGCAGGCGCUGGAAUCAUCUGAGCGAGCUGUCUCUUUCCAAGCCGCCUGCUCCGUCGCGGGAAGAUCUGUGAAAGAUGAACGUGGGAUCGAAGUUAGUGCGAUGUGUCCCUCUCGGAACGACGUUCUCAAUGAAGCGCGUGUGGCGGUUCUGACGAAGAUCAGACGGUACGCGGCCGCCCUUGCGCCCUCCAACCCCAACACCAUGCACACGGUUCAAAGCGAGCGGCAGGUCCUACUGUCUCUUCAGACGGCCAUUCAGGUCCUCGAAACUCUGGACGCGCUGUCGUGAGUCCUCAUGGUCCCCGGUGCUGGCUCUACUGACUGCGAACUGGCCCUGCAAGUAUAUGAGCAGAAUGCGUGCCUAAAUGUGUGCAUGUGUGCAUACGUCUCCACUGUGCGGUGUACUUAUGCGCAUGUGUAAGCAUUGUGCCUUCAUUCAGUGUACGCUCGUACAUGUGCCUACACGCAGAGUGCUCGAGUCGACGCCAGGGAGUUGUCCACAACCGAUGAGAUGGGAAACAACAGCUGCAUCGCAUUCGACUGUGGGCGCGUAACAGUAACGCAAAUCGCCGGAAAAUGGCGUUACCAGUUUUCUUCUUUGGCCAAACUUGACCUGUGAUGCUCUUACUGUCACACGGCAACGAAGUCGCCGUAGACAAGAUGGUGUCCCUCGUGGAUCAUGCUCAUAACACGCUCUUCUUAAACAGCACCGGGUAGCUGAGUUGUGGUCAUGUCUGUUACUGACACUAAUAAUUGAGAAGGCUGCUCUGCUGCGCACUGCCGGAGGCCUUCGGUGAAGGAACGCUAUGAAUCUGGUA